AGUUCUUUUUCUUUGGUUGUUGUGCGUCAUUGCGAGUCACGUAGACACGGACAUAUAUACACACGAACAAGCACGCACAAACACACAGAAGUACGCACAGACACGCAAUCAGCUCCUAUGUCUUUUUCACAAGUACAACACUGCGCCCGCGCUACGGCGACGGGCCUCGCGACGCUCCUCGUUGUCCUGUUGCUUCUCGUUCUUGCAGGUCUGCCGGCACAGGGCACAACCGCUGACGUCACCGGUUCGGCGUGGCUGAGCGGACCGGCUGAGAUUUGGGCCGCUGCGAUGGGAGGGUCCGACACCAGCGAGAACGCAAAGCUGCUCAGGGGGGCCAUCAAGAUGGAUUUUACUGCCGCCAUCACGGCCCUCGAUGCGGGUGCCGAUGUGACGGUGAGCACGCUGACGCCCAACACGGCACCCCUUUCAGGUCCUGUUUACGGCGCGCAGGCGACCUACACCGUCACCUCCACCUCGCUCACCGUACCGCAGAUCGACGAGUGCCUGCGCGGGGCCACAAUGACAACCCUCAACUCUUUCUUCGAUGCGGGGGCUGCGUCUUUGCACCUCACGAUUACGGUGCUGAACGCGUACGCGCCGGCAGACAUGACGCACAUUGGAGACACCUAUUUACCUUUAACGGGGGCGUCCUUCAUGUGGCAAAUGACCUUCGACAUCUUGACGGCUGCUGGGCCGGCUGCCUUGGCGAGCUUUAUCCUCCCGAUUAUGCAAGAUCUGCAGAACACCGUCGACUCGACUGAGAAACUAUACCUCAUGGUCGUGCCGGCGGAUGUCACGAAGCACAUUGUCAACGCCUCCUCCCUGUACGCGGCCUACUCCAUCUGGUCCUACCCCUCCAACCCAGACCCGGCCUCGGCGGCCACGUUGGAGGCGAAGGCCAUGACAACGCCGCUGGCGCACUUCAGCGCCUUCGUCAGGGGUCUGAAGACGACCUUCCCCGCCCUCGACGAAUACGCUGACCUCAUCCCAGACCCUGUCAAGACGUGGACGCCGCUCCUCCCGGACCCGAACGGCGGCAGUAGCAGCGGCGACGACGACGUGGUGGUCACGGGCUACGUCACAGGCAACUAUCUGCUCACCUUUGCCGGCGAGGUGGUAGUGUGGGAUCGAUCCUGGACAACGCAACGCGCGGCGGUGGAGGCGACGAUUGUGGCGGCGGCGGAGGCGAGGCUCCUGCGGCGUCAGUAUCGCACGACGGCCACGGUGGUGUCCGCCGAUACAGUGCAGAGCAGCAAGAAGUCUGUCAGCGGUCUGCAGGUGGUUUGCCACGUUACACACGGCUACCCCGCCGACGCGACGCAUAUCUGGGGGCCGAAUGACAUCGCCUCGAUGCUGCUGCAGGGUAACUACUCGGCCACCCAGAUGAUCUACACAGCUGCAGCUCUCAGCACGGCGGGCACGCCGACCGCCCUCGUCCCACGGCUCUCCGUCGUGGCCCUCGGGGACACCACCGUUGCUGCUGGUGCUCUGGCCUCGACGGAGAUCGAGUACGACUACACCGUGAAGAUUCUUCCUGUCGAGAUCGGACUGAUUGUGAUGGCGGCCGCUGUCUUUGGGUUGGCGAUGAUCGCCUUCUUCAUUGCGUGUGGGUGCUUCUGCUGUUGUCGCCACUGCAUCAGCACGAACAAACACGGCAACAGCACCCGCGCCAGGGGCAAAGCGGAACGCACGCCGCAGCUGCAGGCGGAUUUGGAACGCGAUCAGCGCCGCAGGAAGAACUUGGAUGCUGACUUCGCCAGCGACGAAGACCCAUAUCACGUCCACAAGAAGCACCGGAAAGGUACGCGAUCCCCUAACCCGCUGUGUUCCCAUGAUGAGCACAGAGCCCUUGGCCCCCGAGAAGAGGAUGAGCAGGAAACGCAGCAGCUGCGAACAACGUCGCUAACGUUCAGCAACUCGGAUAACUCGGAUCCGGUGAAGAAGGUGCCACCUCUGCCGAUUGCCGCGACGGAAGGCGUGCCGAUGGACCUCACGGAGACGCCUGUCACCCCCGGCGAGGAUCAUCCCCACAGGCACUACUACGACGCCACGCCCGAUGAACAGGCAGCGGAUGCGGUGGUGGACGCCGCUGUCGUCUCCGCACCCCCGCAGGAGGAGGAAAAGCACGGUGGCGGUCGCCCGCAGAGCUCGCGACACAUGAGGCAUCGCGGCAAGCGAGCUGCGGCUGCGGAGCCACCACGGCAGAGCACGCCUCCCCGACCUGAGGCCGGCAACAACUACACGCAGCAGUACAUGGCACUUGUGGACCCCACGCUCUUCUUCAGUACCGACGCCCCCGACCCGUGCGCCGCCGGACAGGAGGAGGCGACGGAGAAGCAAACACGGCUGAGCCAGAACAGCUUGCUGGAGGCGAAGAACGCCGCGGCGUUACCCCCGGCAGCGUACCCGCAACUUGACGAACACCACCUCCAAUACCAGCAACAGCGCUACCACCACCGCUACUCGGCGUCACCGCCGCCGGCAUACCCGUCUGCGGAGCUGUACGCUGGUGCCCCUGUCCCGACUACGACGACCUCGCUCUCCAGCUUCAUGCCGAUGCUAAAUAUCCGGAAAAAGAACUGA